CACCUGUGUUUAAUGAGUAGCCACUACAUACUAGCCAUAUACUAUUUGAAAGAGUUUCGUGACUUUCUUGUCAAACAUUUAUAUCACUGAUCAAUUUAAUAUAUUUUUGUUUAAUUUUCAAUAAUUGCAAAGCAAAAAAAAACGUUCAAAAUCAACGGUAAUGUUUUUAAGUGUAAAAUAUUUCUAAGCAAUUGUAUUUGAAGCUCAAUAUUCCUAGAAAAUUUGUGUUUCGAAAAAAAGCCAUUCUUAUUGUGUGACAAGGCUAACACGCCCAUUCAAAAAAGCUUUAAUUCUUCAAAAUAAACGCGUCAAAAAUGAGGAACUAUACAAUAAUUAGUGCUGUUUUAUUCUGCAGUUUUAUCAAAAUUGCCACUUCGAUCAGUUGUUAUGUUUGUAAUGCCACCGAUUCGUCGUCACCGUUCCAGUGUGGUGAAUGGUUUGAACGCUACGAUACGCCCGAUAUCGUACCGCAAGAUUGUUCAAAUGUGUAUGGUGCCAAAUAUUGUAUAAAACAUAUCGGCCGUUUUGAAGCCAGUUCGAUAAAAUGCUAUCAAUGUUCAUCGGCUGAUACGAUAAACUGUGCCGAUAUAAUGAUCGCUCAACCAGAUUCACCAUUACAACCAGAAGACUGUUCACAUGUGAUUGAUGCAAAAUUUUGCGUCAAAUCAACUGCACUCAAUGGUGGUAUUGGUGCAAAACGUUUUUGUUCAUCAAAGGAUUUAGGAAAUUACUGCAACUACGUGGAGAACAAAGGUGAUCGAAUGGAAUAUCGUUCGUGCAUUUUCACUUGUGACACAGAUGGAUGCAAUCAUUCAAAUCAAAUUACGUUGAAUCGAAUGGUAUUCGGUGGCUUCCUGACAAUUAUCUUCACUAUGAUUAAACUAUUAGUGUGAAACCGUCCAACAAAGAGUCUCUCAAUGUUAAGAAAAUUAUAUUUAAUCCUAAGAUUAAGCUGCUGAAAUGCCGUCCAUUUGCAUGUUUGUGUAAAGAGUCCAUAAAAAAAUAGAUUGAUGAAAAGUAGUGAUAGAGAUUUUUUUCUAUUUUAAAAGUCAAUAUUUACCACUUUUGAAAAGUUUUUAUU